AUGUAUCUUAAAAAACUAAUUUUCAGGUAUUUGGCGCCACGUAUUCUGUCACGACCGUCACCUCCAAGUGGAACCUUACAUGCAAUAUAUAUAAUUUCGUUUUCGUCGUUCCAUCGGAGUGUCCUAUCUUAUCGGUGGCUGUCGAAAUCAGGUUCCGUUUGCAGCAUUCCGGGAAAGCGUACAAUCAGAAAGUGCUCAAUGCCUAAAAAGAACAAAACGAGUGUACAGAAUAAAGGUGCGGCAGAGGAUUCGGAGUCCCCAUUGGGCCCCGUUGUACGUGACAGAAGUGGACUCGUCUGUAUUGCGAUACAUGCAAAGCCUGGGUCAAAACAGAAUGCCAUCACAGCUGUGUCCGAGCGGACCGUGGACGUCAGUAUAGCUGCACCUCCAUCCGACGGCGAAGCGAACGCAGAGCUGGUCCGGUAUCUCUCCAAGGUGCUGGAGCUGAAGCGAAGCGCUGUCAUUUUAGAUAAGGGGUGUCGGUCCCGGGAGAAAAUAGUUAAGAUUUCAGGCUCCAUGAGCCCAGAAGAUGUUCUGCAGAAACUUAAAACAGAAGCUGCCUCAUAUCAUAGGCGACUGGAAAGCUAGGAAGAGUGAUAAUGGCACCAGCGAGUCUCCCUGUGGGGAAGACAAAAAGGCAUCAGCACAGCACGGCAGGGUACCCAGACUGCGUGAAUCAUGUGACGUCCCGCUGUUUCCAGCACCAGCAGCAACUUCAUGGGCUUUGGUAACAUUUGUCAGGCAAUCUGGCAUCACUUGUACUUUCUUUCUUUGAUGAAUAACUGCAAUAAGAUAUGCUAAUGAAAUGUUUAUAAAGAGUGACACAUGGAUGGCGAUUGAGGUGAAAUCCAGGUGCUUUUUGUCAAAAUUAAUUCUUUCAAUAUAACCAAAAUUUUCCAAUUGUCUGUACCAGGGUAAGAAAGUUGUCUGUACCAGUAACAGACAGAAAGCAUGGAUCCUACAGAACCUGUUUUAAAGAUGUGAGAUAAUCAGUCGCAGGCAUCAUUUUGAACAAAAUGCAGUGUAUUAACAUUCUCUCCAUUCAUUUGCAGCCAUGAGCUCACAAUUAAAAUUUCUAGAUGUUAAUUGUCAUUUUGUCUUCAUACACAAAGGGGAGCUAGUGAGUCGGUGUUUAGCUUUAGAGACUCUCAAAUUGUCGUUGUUGGCUCCUUUAAGGUUAUUUAAUGAUUAUGGAAGGUGUUCAGUAGCUGGAAUGAGAAAAUGCACAGAUUGCCACUGGUGAACAGAGAGCUGCUUGCGGAAUAUUAUAAAGAACAAACAGUAACAAGCAAGAAAGAACACGAAAAUAACAUCUGAGUAAUGUGAUCUUUCAUUUUCAGCAGUAUUUAAAAUAUCAAAUGACUAAUCUCAAUUUUCGUGAAACCCCUUGUAUAAAAAUAAGAAUUAGCCUCACACGACUGUCUUUAAAUCCUUCUCUGAGUGAAUCUCGCUUCAUGUAAUAAAGUAGACAACUCACCUAA